UCGGCACAGUUCCAAACACCCCAUCGGGCGAAGGGUUCUCGAGGCAGGUACGGCUCGGCCAGGGAGUGCCUCUCUCAGAAGCAGAAAAGUCGCGGAAAGAGAAGGAGAAAGAGAGGAAGAGAAAAGGAGGGGGGGCCUGGUGGGACGUAGUGGGGCCCAGUCGGUCGGAGUCUCACGCCUUCCGUCAGUCCUCAGUCCGACGAGGAGCGUAGAUCCGUGAACACCUUGUUAUUCCAUCGUUACCCGCUCGAUUCGUGCGCGUUCCAUUAUCAAACGUCACUCUGGCUCGCGAUAAACAACGUCCCUUCGAUCUUCAAUCGACCUGGAAUCGAGCCUCGUCGACUCUCGUGUAUACAUAUAUAUAUACAGAGAAGAAAGUUGGUUAAAUAGGAAGCAGUCGGUCGAGCGAAGGCGACAACAGCGCCAUCUACGCGGCUAAAGGACAGUGCGAUCGUCGAAAGACUGGCAAAUAAGCGGACAAACGAACUGGAUAAACUCGUUUCGGAACGCAAUAAGACGGGAGGCUCGCGGACAUGGUUUGGAACGUUGAUCGCCGAUGAGGCGCCUAGGAACGUCGGAUACGACAGCCUGCGUGGCUGACGAAGGCUGUCGGCCGCGCCUCUGGAUUCCAACCGCGGCGACACACUCAGCGGGCCCGUUCGAUUGCUCGGUGUGUCGGUGAGCGUUGCUCGUUUCUUGUGUUGCGUGGAAAGAGUGUGUAACCUGUCCGCCGCGGUGGAUCGGUACACGUGGAGGUGAGGGGCGACCAGGAGGACGUAGACGCCACUGGUGUACACCGCAUACCACAGGAGGACCUGGCCUGAACGAGCAGAAGAAAGAAGAAGGGGGGGGAGGAGGAAGAGGAACGGUGGGGGGUUGAAAAAGGUAGGCAAGAUCGGGAGCGGUGUUGGAAGAAAGAAACGCGAGCUGGCCGGAGGAUCGAGGAGAGAAGGCCAGGUAGAAGAGGAAAAGGGAGUUACGGGCAGGGAACGGUUGGUGGGGAAGCCGUCAGAAGGCGGCCAUAAUGGCCUGACGCGAUCUCGAGCGAGCGGCGGCUACAGCUGCUGCGAAAUAGCCGAGAGCGGCUCUCCUCGUUGUCCACGCACACGUAUUUCGCAAUCGCGGACGGGCUACGUGUUUGGAAAGUGACUGCGUAAUCGCGAGUGAAGUGUGUUACCGGGUGGAGUCCUCCUCUCUAACGUCGUUCCGUACGGUCACGAUUGUGCUCCUCCAAUUUUUAUUUUCCGAUCGACUCGAUGCUCGAUGCUCGGUGCUUCGAUGAUUCGACGGUUCUGGAUCGUUGCUAGCUACUUGGCUGUCGCGUGUACUUGCUUCCACUUCCUCUUCUGAGGAUUAGUCGAAAAAGCGAGGUGAAAAGCGAGGGAGGGGACGCGACCGCGGCGGAAGGUUGAGAAAGUCUGUAAUCGUAAGGAAGGUCGGUCGGAUCCUCGGAAGAAUCGUUGGCGAAAAUGAGGGGUGCCAAUCAAGAUACCGCGACACCGUAUUGUCGUUGCAGAGUCCUGUACUUGGGCAGCUCCGUGCCCCAUGCCAGCAAGGAAGGUUUACUCGGUGUCCAGGAACCUUUGAGGGAAUUGUAUCCGGAGCAGGGCGCCCUAGGAGCACGUGGACUCGACUCCUGGCUCAGCGUUUGGAGCAAUGGCCUGUUAUUGGAGAACGUGGACGAGCAUCGCAAGAAGGUUACCAGGUUCUUUCCCAUCGAGGCGCUUCACUAUUGCGCCGCGGUCAGGCACGUCAAAGGCGGAAGCGGCGACUCCUCCAACACAAGGUUUCUGCCCUUGGACUCGCCAUUCGCCAGGACACCAAGCGCCAAUCAUCCGCCCCUUUUCGCCGCGGUUCUUCGACGAACUACCGGUAUCAAGGUUCUCGAGUGUCACGCGUUCAUAUGUAAACGCGACAUGGCGGCCAACGCCCUGGUCAGGUGUUGUUUUCACGCGUACGCCGACAGCAGCUACGCCAAGGGUCUGGACCCGAGCGCCACGACCAACGGAGUCACCGGUCACCCUUCGAAUAACAGCCUGUAUCACACCCUAGGUGGAUCUAGCACCACUUUGGACAGUCCUCAGGCGACACGUUUGGACGCCACUUCGACGGACGAUAUCAGUCUGUACAACGGUGAUGAGAAUCACAAAGUUUGGGCCAGGGGUCGCGACGAGGUUGAAGGUUUAUACCAAGAACAAGGCACUCUGAGGAGUACCAAGGGUUCCAGGCCCCGUCAGCUGGUCGCUCCACCUCCUCCACCGCCGCCACCGCCCCCACCCUCUCAACCUCUGCUCCUCGAGGAAUCCUCUUCCUCCUCCGUUCGCAGGAAAGCCAACAAAAAGUUGAAGAAACUGAAAAACCGAUCGUCUCACGAAGAUCCCUUGCAACAGGCGCAUCUACACCCUCAGCUUCACCAGGGAAUAUACACCAACGGCCAUGGACAUCACACUCUGGGUCAUCCGGUCAGGCAGCAACACUAUCACCCUCAUCCUCUGCCGCCCAGCAGUCGAUCCGUGGCCGGAACCCUGGCCAGACCAGCCCCGGUUUUGUUGGUCCCAGCCGCCACUUUGCCCAGGAAGGCUCACCACCAUCCCAAAGGGCUCAGACCGAUCCCAGCAGCCGCCCCGAUUGUCCCUGUGUACGCCCCCCUCCCGGUAGUGCCUCCUCCACCCGCUGCAGCUAUUUACCCGGCUGGAACUUACGGGACGGCUGGGAACAGAGGCAGAAGGCAACACGCCGACGCGGAUUCUUCGACCUUAGGUGCUUCCAGGAGGCUGGCCGCGUCUCACGCGGACCUAACUUCCGCCGAAAUGAACAGAGCGGCCGACAGUCCGGAAAACGAAUCGCGUUUCGGUACCGGCAUCUAUCGGCGGAAGGGCCACUUGAACGAGAGGGCGUUCUCCUACAGUAUCCGGGCGGAGCAUCGUAGCAGGAGUCACGGAAGUUUGGCUUCUCUAGGUUUUAGCGCGCAAAAUGGGAACGCGUUGCCCAAAGAAGAGAAGAAGGACAGGGAGAUAGCGCAAUUGGUGGCCGGUUUGAAUUUGGACGAUAGCCCGGAGAGGGCGCAGCCACCGGCCAACCCCAGGAACGGUUAUUCCCAUCAUCAGCAACAACUCCAGCCUCUUCCCAGGCCCCGACCUCGUUAAGAUCGCUCGAUACUCGCAUCGAUUCUUACCGUAGUCACUCGUCGAUCCAAGUCUGGAGAGAUCGUUGCUCGAGUCGAACGACGCUUCGUCCCAAGUCUGGCUAACGGGGACGCUUUACUCCCUCGUGGAAAUGCGAACGAUUAUCGUUUAGAAUUUAUUUAGAGAAUCCGUUUAGUCAGAAAGAAAUCCAAUGGGAAUGGAUUUGAGAUCGAUCGUGUUUCGUUGAAUUGAACGACGCAAGAUAGAUGUUGGCCUAUCGUUUUCCUUCGAAGAACGAGCGUUUUCGUAGAUGGAAAUUUCGAAAUUUCGUUUUUCGAAGUUUUCGAACAGGGAUCAUUCGUUUGAGCGGAAAAAUACGAGGAAAAUGAUUCGUCGCAGCAUUAGCGUGGAAAAUCGCGAUAGGUGGUCGAGCUGUGCCCAACUGGUUCAGUUGGCUUUCGUUUCUCGGAACAACCUUCCCCGAGUAGGAAAAUUACGGACAGGUAAAAAGCUGACAAACGUCAGGCCUCAUCUUCGUCGUGCAGGUUUCUACCUGUGACCUCGAUCGUCUUAUCUCGAGAGUUGGUUGCCUUUGUCGAAUUAACAACUCGGCUCGUGGGAUGCUUUUGUGGAAAGAAAUUUAUAUUUUAAGUUUUCCCAAUUUGUUUUCUAUUUUUUUUAUUUUUUCUUUUUUUUUCUUUUGCAAUCUUAAAACUUGAUUCUUAAAAGUUGUUGCAAGAAAUACUUAUACAAGAAUAGCAUUUUUUUUAGAAGUUAAAUUUAACAUUUUACAUAAAUAGUUAUCCCUUUGACAGAAUAUAUUCUUAUAUAUCUCUCUUGAGAAAAUAAUUUAUGAGAUAUGAUUCAAUCGAAGUAAAAUAUCGAAUAUAAUUUUGAUUCUUCUAAAGAUUAAAUCGAUAAAGUUUGAUGUUCUUUUCUUUAAUUGAUCGUGGUUGGCGGAAAAGAUUGAUGCAACGAAAAAAAAAGUUCUUCCUGUCUAAUUGGACAAGCUCGAAUUAUUGUCACCAGACCAAGAAGAUCGUUCUAAUGGUUGAAACUCGUUAGACACCGUGCACAGGCAAUCUAUAUAAUAUUUCCUUCAAGAAAAUAAUAAUUUUGAAGCUAGAAUUUUAUAUAUCCACUAACGAAAUAUUAUUUACGAAUUUUAUUAUUUAAUUCGAUGCUUAAAAUUUCUUAAAACUGGUUAAAAAUGAAAUUUUGGUUCGAAGAUCGUUCAUUGUUAUUUUUAUUACUUCAAUUUUAAUGAAUUCGAUCGAUUUCAUCGUGAUAAUGGUGAACAAUUCGCCAUUCUUCUAAAAUUAUCGAAAAAUCGUCGAACAAUUUCCCCCUAGAAAACUCAACUCCUGUUUUCUCGCUUCCCGACGCACGACUUUCAGUUGGCUCGCUCGUGAGAACGCAAACGUUAAUCUUAAUUGCAUGAGAAAAAGUUAUGCCGUAAGGGAAAAGGAACGAGAAUUUUGAGAGAUUGGAAAACAAAACUCAUAUAUUUCAUUCUUUCUUUCUUUUACGAUCGAAACAAUAUUAUCAAAAAUAUAUCUUACGCAAAAUCUUUACAUUUUUCUGUCGACGAAACGCAACAAAUCUCACAAUAAGAGGAAACAAAUAUCAAAUCGUAUACGUAUGUCAAGUUUUAUAGAAACAUCGUUUUCGUGACGUUUUCGUGAGAUUUCAUAAACUUGAUUAAUCGUCCUUGCGGUAUUAACCUUAAAUCCAAUUACAAUUAUAUAUUAAUUAUAACCGGAAUCUAUAAAAUUUCCAAGAGAAUGCGCUGUAAUUACGAUCAUUUGCAUGUUUCGAGCUGUUUAUUUUUUGUUGCACGUUGUUUCACGCGCGUAGCGCAACGCGGUGGGAAAAUUACUCGGGUUGCAGGGGCGCCACCAUUAACAUAAGGGAAACGGCGCGUUCCUUUGACAUACGGCCCCGCUUUUCCACGGGAAAAAACAACUAUCGUAACGAACGAGUAUUUAAUAACCGCGGAGACACGGGGAUUACUUAAGCGUUCAUACUUUGAUGCGACUCGCGCAAUCGCGUGUAGAAUCGUGCUCGUGAGAACCAAAUCUGGGAAGCUUGAAAUGCAAUUGCUUUGUGCAAUAGUAUCACCGAGACGAAGUUGCCAAUAUUGUUCCGCACAAUUAACCUGAUGAUUGUAAUUAGUGCGCGGCUUAAUAGGGGGAGAAAAUCCGCGAAACAUUCGUUUCUUCACGCUCGAGUCAAAAAUUGAGCAAGUAUCGAACUUGGGAAAAAUAUUUUUUGAAAAUUAAAAUAAUUUUCAACGAUGAUUAAUAUAUUUUUUCUCCGUUAAGAUUAUCCGUCGGAAUACGAGGAAUUCUAGGUUAUAAUUAACAAUCUUUAUAAAACGAGUCCGAAUUAAUUAAUUAAUCAGGAAUCAGAGUCAAUCCAACGGGCAUGUUCACUUGGGCAUCGAAUAUAUCUAUUUUCGAAACUGGUCAUAGAUAUCUUGCAUGCAUAAACGAAUACAUUUUUCCUGGACGAGUAUGCAUGUAUUAUUAGACACUCGAUUAUUAUCGAUUCGCGACCGAUGUUAUACACUCGCUAUAUAUUUUCUUAUUGGAUUUUUUCUCGAUCGUCUCGCUUGUUGAAACAAUUUGCCUAAUGAAAAUACGAGAUAUCUUUAUUUAUCAUUUCAUUUAUUUAUUAUUCCUACAAAAAAAAAUCGAUAAUUUAUUUCUACUUUGAUUUUAUCGAGUUCAUAAAUAUGACAAUUAUUCGUUACCAGCGAUUUGAAAUUUUUUAAAAUUAUUCUAUAGUACGUUAAAAGAAAAGAAAGUAGAAAUUGCAACGUUUGCGUUUCUUUACGUUUGCUUUUUGAUUGAUUUUUGCGAAGAUAAGGAAAAAGAAUAUAUAAAAGUGGUUAAUGAUCGGCAAAUGAACAAGUAACGUGGAAUAUCGCUUGGAAACUAUUCUUUAUUAUUCUUACUGCUCGCGCUUCAUCGAUUGCAUUGAUCGGCUUGGUGAAAAGUGUCUCUUUGGUUUCGUAACGAGUUUCUUUAUUCUCGCAAUGCAUAACUCGUGAGGAGGAUAAAAAAAAAGGAAGGGAGGGGGGAAAUAGAAUUGCGUGGUUGGUUCAAGGUAUCGCGAGUGCAAUGGACCGAAUUAUGCCAUGGAAUGUAUAAUUCUUAGAUAGCAAAACCUGCUUAUGAUUUAAUUUAUAAUUUAAGCAACGUUUUAGGUGAAAAUGUUGAAAGAAAGAAAUAUUCGAAAUGAUUUUGAUAAAAUUUUAAUAAAAGUUUAGGAUUUUAUAACAGAAUAUUUUAAAAAAGAAAAGAAAAAGAAAGAAACAUGAAAAUUUACAAGAAAAAUUCCUAUAGAAAUAAUAAAAUUUGUAAAUGUUUUGAAAUUCGCGUAAUAUUAUAUUUAAAAAAAAAAAACAUUUAUAAUUUAUAAUUAAUAAUUUUGUUUAUUCCCUUUACCUCGAUGCGUUUAACAAACGUAAGCAAAGCGUACAAUCUCUUUUAAAUAAACGCGUUCGUGGUCAAAGUUUAUGAAACUCUGACCCGACCCACUAACACUUAUCGUGUAACAAAUUGAACCCUUUGGCUUUCGACAUGACGAAAAUUCUUUUCAUUGGUUACAAACCAAUUGUCUUCGAGAUUUCUUUUCAGUUCUAAUGACAUCAUUGUUGUAAGCAAAUCGUAUCUAAUUUUACCGCCAUUGCGUCAAUCAAAACGAGGCAAAGAAAUACGUAGAAAAAAAAACUGAAUAUCAAUUUCAAUUUUAACGAUGCUUCAAUUGCUCAAAGUAAUAAAAGAGAUUCGCUACAUUGAUUAUCCAAUUUUCCACGCUAAAAUUGCGAAUUUUUCCUUUUAAAAGCAAUUAUUUUGUGUUGUUAAUUAUACAUGCGACCACCGUAUCUUCGAUUUUUCCGUUUCUUGUCCUCUUGUCUCUACAUAAAUAUAAAUAUAGAUGAGUGAUACGACGUCGUUGUUAUUUUUCCGCAUUAAAAUUGCAUAAUUCGGUAACUUACGAUGCAAUUGUGUGUAAAUUCUGCUGUGAAAAAUAGAGAUACCGAAUUACCGGAUGUGAGAUCGCAAUGAUGUCGCGUCAGUCGUUUGCUUCAAAGUUAAACUAGACAGAUAGCGCCACCAAGUGCUAUCCCGAGUGGUCCAGAAUGGGAAUCAGUGCCAAACGUCAUAAAUUGUCCGACUUUGCAAAUUGUAUCGACAUUUUUUUUUUUUUUUAUCUCUUUCAAUUCUGUCGUUUAAUUCUUUCGGUGUGCUGAAUUUAACAGAAAUAUUCAAAGCUUGGAGCCUAAUAAGGAUGAUACGCGAGUUUUCGUAGAUUCGCCUAGUCAUUAAGAUUAUCAGGCUGGAACGGAAGUUCCGCUCGUUUGUCCUUCGCAGUUGACAAAAAUAAGACUGACUUUGAAAAAAAUAAUCGUUCAUCUUUUCAGCAGACGAUUCAAACAUUUCCUUAUCUUCAUUUUUCUUUUUCUUUUUAAUUUCCAUACAAUAUUUCGUCCGCUAUUUUUAUUUUCUUGUUAUUUCUUGAGUCUGAUUUUAAAAGCUAUGCUCGAUACCCGAUUGUCUUUAACGUCCUCGAUUUUUAAUCUCGAGUAUAAAGUGAAGAGUUUGGAAGUGAUGGAAAACAGCCUGGUAUCGGAACGAAGGGAGAAAGAAAAACCGGAGACACUUGCAAGUCGGACAAAAGAUGCAACUGGAACUUAUUUAUUUUAUUAUCGCAUGUGCCAGAUGAAUUGUAUAGGAAAUAACCCCAUCCGAGUGUUUUCAACUCGAUGAUUAUAAUUAUAACUUAAAUUUUUCGAAUAGAAUCGUGUUAUAUAUUUGAAGAGCAACGUCUAACGUCCCUUCUAUUCUUAUUUCCUCUAUAUUAAAUAGAAUCCUUCCGAUGACAAACACUACUGUUUCAAGUAACAGGUAUGGCGUUUUGCUCUGCAAAUAAUUACACAUUAUCGUUAAUGGGUUACGAAUCGUUCAUACGAUCGAUAAUAAUUACAAUUACCUUUUUUUAAGGAUUUCUCUCGGAAAUUAUCCCAUUAACUCUUCCUUUGAUAGACUCCUUUGAUAGAUGAAAUUAAUAUCGGAUAUCGAUGAUAGAGAGACAAAUGGCUGUUCGAACGAAGAGUUAAACGGUGAAAAUUGAUCGAGAUUUUCGCGAAGCGUAAACGAUUAUUUAUUUAUCGUGAUCUAUGCUCGUUUCGCGGACAUGUAUCGUAAUGAAAAUGUAUUUAUAAUGAUUUAUCGAACGCGAUGGAGUCACUCCGCCUUCGCCUUCUGGAGACAUUGUGUAAACGCUUUAUCUCGUGACACGUUUGUCCUCUUACACAAGCCUUUAAACAUCACCGACCGUAAUUAUUUAAAUAUCUGUAUUGAAUUUACGAGAUGCUAUUAUUAAACAUAUGUCGAUGCGAAGAAUUAAAUUCAGAUCAAAAGAAUGUUCAAAAAUGGUAAGUUUUGUAAAAAUUUGUUUCGAUAAAUUUUAUGAAUUUCUGUAAAGAGUUUUUUGGGAAUGAGUUUGAUUUUAAAGGCUCGAAAUCUAAGAAGAGAGCGAGAAUCUUUUUAAAAAUACGAGAAAUACAGAAGACGGAUAAUUGGAGAUCCAUCCCAUCCUCUUGAAUUACUUGUGAACAUAUUAUGUAUAUUGUUACGUGUCGAUUGCCAUGCAAGAUUAAUUAAUAAUAAACUAACAAUGCAAUUAAAAUAGAA